CUUGAGCAGGAAGGCGAGGGAAGCGCCAUGGCUGAGCUUCCCAAAAGAAGAGCGCGAUCCCCGACUCUGCCUCCCCCGGCCCCCGCCAUUUUCUACGGCUCUGUGGAUCCAAGAAACCCAGUGGUUCAUCGAUUCGAGUCCGACCUGAGUGAUUGCCUGGGCAUCCUCAAGCGGAAACGGGAAGCGGGGGCCGCGAGCUCCAAGGAUCAGGAGCUGCACAGGCGAGGAACCACUUCUUUGUUCAAUAUCUGGAACAACUACAGGCCUCUACUCCCGGAUUGGUAUUACAAUGAAACACUUGUGAAAAUUGGUGAUCAGCUUAUGGAAAUAAAAGAACAUAAGCUAGCAUUUUUGUAUUGCUAUGAGCAGUAUCUUCAACAAAUUAGUGGUAUAAAUAUAAACAAACCUGGAUUAGAUGCACAUCAAUUAAAGUCUAAUUUUUUCCCAAAUGGAUUUAGAGAUCAAAGUGCUACACGUACACUCCAUGUUCUGCAAGCAAGGAAUAUUUGCCUUUAUAAAAUAGUAUGUGAUAAAGACAGUGAUCUCCUAAAUCAAGACUCUGUGAAGACAUGUUUUAAUAUCUUAACCGUACUGCAACUCGUCAUGCAGAUGACUUUGCCCCAUGAACACUUAUGUUGGAUCGUCUACAAUGGUACAGUUCAUAUGUAUACCAUAUGUAGGCACUUGAUGACUAUAGGCCAAUCAGCUAAGGUACUGGAAUAUUUAUUGUGGGCAUCAGUAUGUAUGGAAUCAUCAAUUCCACUUUUAGCUGUACACUAUUUGACAUGGAGAGCCACUCUGUACAGUGCUGUUUGUCAGUGUUACUAUGAUUGCCAAUCUGGUAUUCAUGGAGAGGUAUUUGCACGGCGUGGUUUGAUUAAAAUUGAUGAACUAAAGCAAAUGGAGUUUAUGAGUUCAUCACCUCUGAGUAUAGAAACAAAGAAAAAAUUCAAAGAAGCAACUGUGAAGAUGGCAGCAAUGAUUUUUAAAAGAACAGUAUUUGAACCAAGAAGGCGACCAAAAGGAGUUCUGAGACCAAGAAUAAAAGCUAAUCUGAAAGAAGCACAGCAUCUGCCUUGGCCUCGUACCAUCACAGAACGGUUGCUGAUGGAAAUAUUUGAUUGCAAUUCAUCAAUUUUUUUUGCCAUUAUGGAAGCUCUGUUUGAUAAAAACAGACGGACCCUUAUUCCUGGACCUUCUGUUCCUGAUGAAAUAGAAGUGCGUGACAUUAUUUCAGAACUCUGUUUUGCAGGCGCGGAUAUUCUUGAAGGUGGUGGCAUCAAUGUUGCAAUUAACACUUCUGAAGUCUCUUCAAUAAUAACUACUUCAUCACUUAUGCAGCAGAUAUUAGCAGGGAAAAAUGGUAUUUCAGCAGAUGCUGCAUUAAGGUUUAUUAAGAUAGUCUUCAGUUAUGAGGAAUGGGAUUCGUUUGAACAUGCAGUUGUACUGUUUUUUUCAUUUCUUCAGAAUCAAAGCAGUCCAGUGUGGAAGAAAGCAGAAGCAGAAAUCAAGCUACUACUACUAAUGCAGAAUUUAUUGACCAUAAGAAAAGCAAGGCAUGGUUUGUCUAUUCAAGGAGAUAAUAUCCGAGAAACAGGUGCUUUUCGUAGUCCAGGGAAAAAAUAUAUAGGAUUUCUAGAAGGACCAGUACAACCAUCAAAAAUUACUGAUGAUCUUUUUCUGCUGGCAAAGUCUCUUUAUUCUUCUGUCUGUAAAUCUGAAGAGAUUCACCAGCCGGCCAGAGAAAUGAUAAUUGAUGCAACCAUGUUUUUGUGGCAAAAAUGUAAAGUAGGAAUUCAAAAGAUCCAGAUGAGUGGGAGUAACUUCUUAAAGUUCAUUCAUAAAUACCAAACACCCAAGUGGCUUCACAUUAUUCAUGUAAUUAAUGAAGUAAUUCACACCAUUAAUCUUGGAAUCACUAAUCCUGUAUUAAUAGCUGAAGUAUCAUUAAGGCUAACAUCAGUGAUGGAAAAUAUUGCAGACUUCAAAUCUGGAGACAUACCAGUUUUAGCAGAAGAUGAUUCUCUGUUUUCAGAAUAUUACAUCAGUAACAUUUCUUCAUUAAUACAGCAACCUCCCCAAGAACAAUUAUUUUUGGCUUAUGAGUAUAUUGACAGAGCAAUUAUAGCAAUUAAUCGAGCUCAUGUACUAACAGUUUUACCUGAUGGAACAUCAGUGCUUGAUAAUUAUUGUAAAAAGAUUACAGAAAAGCAAGUUAUGAAUAAAACUUUAUCAUCUGAUAAUGAGAGAUCACCAAUAGGAAACAAUUUUAUUAUGGAUCUACAUAUUGAACUUAUUCAGGCUCAGCAUCGAAUAGCAGUUAAACUACUUAAUGCAACUCAAGAUACUCAAAGUGGUGACAAAAGUCCAAAGGCCAAGGGUCUUGCAAGGAAUGUAAGCCAGUUAAAAUGUCUAACAGAAUUGGAGAUAAUGGAGAAAAUAAAAAAGAAUAAAUUAUCCAAAGCUCUCUACUUGAUGCAGAAAGCUACGCUGAUGCUUCCAGUAGGAUUGGAUUGUUUUUCUGCAAAUCAGCUUCUGGAGGAAGCAUUUAUUCUGAUUCAGAAAACUGAAAUUGAACAAAAUACAUUAAAUGCCACUUUAUUAAACCAUACAAUUAGCACGAAAAGCAAAGUUCCACCACCUCCAAUACUUCUUUUUAGGACAAAUUGUUCCAUGGCAUUUAAGCCAGCACCAUUUGCUUCAGAUGUGAAGGUUUUUUGGUACAGCAUUUUUGGGUGUGUAGCAGAAGGAAGCAAUCCAAAAGCUCGGUUAAAUAAUUACAGUCUCAAGAACACAGCAGAAGCGAUACCAGCUGAUGAAACUUGUGUCUUAGAAGUACAAGGUUUAGAAGCCAAUCAAAAUUAUGUAUUUGCAGUUGCAGCCUAUGACUCAAAUGGAAAAAUUAUUGGUGAUAGCAUUGGAGAAACAACUAAACCAAUUCUUGCCUAUCCUCCCCUAUCUGUUGCUAUUGUCCGAACAUACCUGAUUCAGUCUGCUUUUCAGAUUGAAAACUAUGCAUUAUGCAAAAAAACAUUUCAACCACUCUGGGAUUAUUUUGUCUCAGUGCCUUCAACUCCGGUUACUGAUGUCACUAUAGUUUCUGUAAGCAGCACUUUGUCUGUACCAAAGAACAGGCUAAAUUUUGAAGCUCUGCCACAGGCAUCUCCAAACCUCUUAUAUAUGUUUCUGAGAAGUAUUUUUAUCAUCAGUGACAUUAGUGUCAAUGAAGGAAGUCUCUUCUGUGAUUCUAUUUGUUUCAAUGAGCUUAAGUAUAAAAAACAAGUUGCUAGAGUAGAUGAAUGUGGGCGAAUGCUGGUGGCAGUUGAACUUAGUAACUGGCUAAAUGAUGUUCACUAUGCCCUGCAGUCAGUUGUUAAUUGUUACGGCCUUGUAGCUCCCCUGAUCUAUCACAAGAUUCCCUCCAAAGCUCUCAUUCAGAUCAUUAUUAAGUAUCUCAUAGUUCUUCAAGAAAUUCCAACUAUUGUAUUCCAAAGAAAAUCAACAGGAUGCUUUGAUGGUAUUCAGCACAUGAUAGCUUGUUCUUGCUUUUUCACAGCAAAGAUACUGCGCUUAUGGAAAGAAUAUGAAUUAGCAAUAGUUAUUAUCAACUAUGGGAAAAGGUUGUUGGAUUGCUCACAAGCACCAUCCCAAGUGACUAUAACUGGAGAAGGAGCAGAUGAAAUACUAGAAGAAGAGAUUCCAUCUAAAAGGCUGAGAGCAGGUACAGUUGCAAAAGUAAGUGAGAAUUUAGAAGUUCUGGAAAACAUGCUUCUGAGACUGAUAAAAGCAGGACAAGAUCUUACAGGAGAAGAAGAUCCUUUAUUCUUGUAUCCUGUAGUUUCAAAUUGGCAACCAAAGACUGCUUAUAGGGAAGUACUGAAAUUUAAGAAGAACUCUCGCUUCCUUGAAUAUUUUGUCAUGCUUGUAUUCAGAGCACUAAAUGAGGAUAAAUUGUUGCGAAUAAUGGAGUGGUCUGACGAUGUUCAAGAAUAUCUUAAAAAGAGGAAUAGAUUCCUUCUUGGUAUCAAACAAGUUCCAAAAAAGAGAAAGAAGAUUCGUGGAUCUGCAGAAACAAGAAGGACCACAACACAAGAUGUUUCAAAGGCCACAGAAUUAUCAACACCCAAGAAGAGGGGUUCCAAGAAGAAAAGUCUGCCUAAACAAUCUAUUAAAUCACCAGGCCAGGUCAAAACACCUGGUGGGAAACGGAAACAAAUAGAAGAAAAAAGAAAAUUUGCUUUUGAAAUCCUGAUAAUUAAGCUAAAUAUAUGUUCUGAUGUCUACAUAAGACGAAGAAGGUUUCGUCGGCUAUAUAAUGAAGAAAUGCCAUGGCGAGCUCAGCUUAACAUUUACCUGGCAAUUGUUCACUUUAAUAUGUUUAAAAAACGGACACAGGAGCUCUAUAGUGCUGAAAAUUUUGUACAAAGUCCAGACAGUUAUAAUGAUCUCAACCCUGAAAUAUUCUCAUUAAGCAAUUCCGGCACAAUCAUGAUAGCAUCAGAGGAAGAAAACACAGAUUUUAAACAUCUGUCUUUUAAAAGAAUAUUUUCAGAAAAAAUCAGUCGAAAAACUGACACCCCUGAUCUUACUUCCCCUGCCUUCGACAAUGGGCUUUCCUUGCCUGCUUCUAGCCCUACAUUACAAAGUAUUUCUUCAGGCACUGUUUCCAGCUCAAGCAUACUUGACCACAAUAAUUGUCUCUCCCCUGAAAUUGAUGCCAUGAGUGAAUCCAUUGAACUGACCCAACUCUCAACUUCAGGCCAAGAUUCAGAACCCACUAUUUCUCCUGAUCGUAGUUCUAAGUUGAGUGAUAGAGACACUCCUCGACUGCCUCAAGGUUAUAGUUCUGUUAAGGAACGUGAAAAAGCAAGUUGUUAUUCUGCAGUGCUGGAACAUUUCACGAAAACAUUCCUGUAUUUUAGAAGAGCUGUGGUUAUUGCCCAUCGGGGUCGCCACUGGACAUUGCUUCAGAAUGCCUGCCGAGACCUUUGGAACUAUACUCGGGAAAUACAAAUGAUUAUUAAGCAUUCAGGAUCUUUUCAUGCACCUUUUCCUGUUAACAAGGAGAUUUUUCUUAAGACCAUUUGGUUACCAUACUAUAUGGCAUCAGAUACAUUGCUUGAUCUGAUAGUUGAGCUUCAAGAUAGCAAUUAUGUUAAGAUUAUUGAGCCCAAGGGAAAUUUUGGUGUUCCAAGCUGCAUAGGAGGUAUUACUAUUGAUGAAGGUGGCUCCAAUCUUUCUUUUGAACAUCCCCUUGACGAUGUGAACAUUAUAGAUUUCCAAGGAAUACGCCACUUCAUUCUGCAAACUCUUGAGUUUCUGUUUCGUUUGAAGAAAUGGGAAUCCCUAGUUUACAUAGCUAUGCAAUUUAACACAAUUACACAUGAGAGAUAUACGGAGCAAGUAACUCCUGUGUUGGUGUUUGCCCAGAGACAGCUGCAGGAAAAAAAACAACUCUGUGAGUCAGACAAUGCACAGUCUUGCUUAGAAGAAUUUAUCACUAAUACUGGAGACAAGGUAUGCUGCAGAAACUUUGUUGCAAAAAAACUGUAUGCUGCUACAAAAUGGAAAGGACCAACUGUUGAACAUUUUGAUCAUUUAGGUGUCAGUCAAACAAGACCAUUAUUUUCUGUUCCUCUGGAUCCGAUGGAUACGCUAAAAUGUUUUAGAGAAACUCUGGAAAAAUCAAAGAACCACAGUAGAGCCCUUAAAUACAGCAGGAAAUUGCUUUCUUUAUUUCUUGCUCACGUGCGAGACUCUUCUGGAAGAUUAAAUACAGAAAUAUAUGCAAACCAGAAAAUUUCACGUGGAAAAGUGGGGUUUACUAUGGGAGCUGAGUUGACAUAUGAACCAGAACCACCUGAUCUUUCAGAAGAAAGUUUUACUUGCCUCAGUAUGGUUGAGAGCAACUCCAUUCCCCAGUCAAAAGUCUCAGUAGUCAUCUCUUCAUAUGAACAAACAAUUGAAACUCUUCAAACAAAUAAUCAGCAUGGUCUCAUGGUCCAGGCUUUUCAUGAACUUGGAAAUCUGCAUUUUUUCACAGGAAGCAAAAGAAUUGCUUUCAAAUGCUGGUGCCAGGGCCUUGAUGAAGCUCUCAAAAUGGAUGAUGCACUUCAUCAGUGGCAAGAAUUGGAUGACUCAUCAGAGAAAACUACUGGUAACUUGUCAAAAACAUCUCAAGUUUACUCUGAGAAAUUUAUUUCUCGGGUUGGAAUUUGGGGUUGCCUGCAAGGAGCAACCUUAGCAGCUAAAAUAGCUCAGCAUUCAUUACAGUAUAACAUUAAAUUAAGAACCAAAACCUGCAUUUUAUCUGCUAUCCUCUUCAAGUCUUUGUUUAGAGCCUCACUACCACAUCCUAAAGCUGAUUGUGACUUUGCACAAUACGAAACAGACAUAUUAAUUCCUGGCAUUGAUUUAUUUGUGGAUUACUAUAGAGCUGAUAUUGCAACAGUUAUUGCAAAUCUCAGUUUUGUUCUGCAUGAAUUGCAUUGUAGAAGGCAAAAUCUAAUAAUUUUGCCAUUGUUCACAUUAUAUCAGUACUUUGUGUCAGAGAUUUGUCGGAAUGAAAUUAAGUGUUUUGAAGGAAGGAUUCUAAAGAUAAAAGUACUUACAGAUUUGGGAUUUUUCUCUGAUGCCUUUCAUGAACUCUGUAUUAUUAAUCGUGGUGAUAAAAUUCCUUGGAAAUUGCCUUCUGUAUACAAACGUACUUCAAAAGUUUGGGUCUGUCCAACUUUUGAUUCAUCACACACCCUCUUGACAAGUGGAAAUGUACAGGUAUUGGAAGAAGUAUUUAACAAGCCUAUACAUUCAACAUGGACUGUAGCAUGUGAACCAAAAAUCAUGGAUAAUUUUAUGUUAGCUAAAAUGCAUUUUAUUAUUAGUAUAUCUGCAACAUUAUAUUGUGUUCCUGAAAAAGUAAUGAGGACAGCAUAUUGUACUGACUCUGACACAUUAAAAAAGUCAGGAAGAAUUUCUGAUGCACUCAUGAAAGGUUAUGUAUUACCUCCAGCAUUUACAAGUGGAAAACGAGAAUCUGUCAUGAUUGUAGAACUUGAAAGGAACAGAGACACAUUAAAUGCUUCUAUACUGAAGGGAAUUUUAUUGGCAGAAGCUGAAGAAAGGAUUAAUUUAAUUCUUGAAACCAUACAAAGUAAAUAUGGGGCACAGAUAUAUAAGUGUUCAGCUGUAGAACUGGAAAUUGUCAUUGAAGCUAAACUUCAACUUGCAGCUAUUGCUCAACAGAGACUCCAAACAGCUUUCAGCGCUGCACUGGUUUUUUCUACAAUAAAACUUCUUCAAGAUGCAGAGGUUUUCACAGAUAGACCUAAUUCUCAAAAAGAUGCAGAUAAGGGAUAUGAUGGAAGGAUUUCUACUGAGGGUUCCAAUCUAAUUCACAAUGUAACAGCACGAGAACAUUUGAAUAUACACAUAUGGCUAAAAUGUCGUUUGGCAUUAGUGAUUGCAAUUACAGCACAGGCAAGAGGCAUUGAAGUAAUGAAAGAAAAUGAAUUAACAGAGUGUUCUAGUCUGAUUAAUGAAGUACAAAUGGAAGCUGAAGCAUUCAAUGAUGUUGAGACUCUUGCUGAAAUUACCAUGCAAGCCAUUAUACUUGGCCUUCAAGAAAGACUUCCAGUGGCUGAUAUUAAGCUUCAUUUACAGAAUGUAAUCAAAUUGCUUGAAGAAAAGACACUGAUUUCUCCACCAGCUAAUUUACUAUUAGUACAGAGUAUGCUUCUGCUAGCUGAUAUAAUGAGAACAGAAACAGAAGAUGGUUCAGAAUCAUCUAAAACUGACCAGUUGAAUGUAUUAGUUCAGGCACACGCACUAGUAAUUAAACAGCUGUUUAUUUUGGGGCAAUCACUUGAACAACAUGGAGAAGAUCCUACUUUAACAACUCUAAAAAUGCCUAUGAUGAACAUAUACCUGCCACACAUCGCACUGCUGGCAAAAGUCAAAAUGAGAAUUGGGCAUACCUUAACUUUAGAAUUAUCAUGUAAAUCCAAACCACAAAGUGAGUUGCAGUGGUUAAAAGCCCUACAAUACACAGAAACAGCACUAAAUCUUUCCGUAGCAUCAGUAAAAGAAGAUUUAGAUCUAGAAGCAGAACUUCUUUUUCGAAAAGGAAGAAUAGAACGUCAACUUGAUUCAUUAGGUCUUAAUAAAUCAGAAUUAGCUGUUGACAGCUUGCUGGAUGCCAUAAAUUUCAGCCUGCUGAGUUACCAGCACUAUGGAUUAAUAAGAAGAUCAUACAUGGAGAUAGCACUGCUUUAUUUUUAUUUAUGUACAAACAAGGAAGAGUCUCCAACUUCAGGUACUGUGAAAGGAAGAACAUUUAAGCAGAGGUUUAAUAACAGACUUUCAACUACUUCCGAGGAAAUUACUGUUCUUGAAAUAUACAGAGUACAAGCCUGGAUUGCUGUAAGAAGUGCUGCACAGGUCAGUGAAGCAAUUCUGACUUGUCAGCAAUUAACUGGAAGAAAGGCUAUUAAAUUGUAUCAUAUGAGACAAAGAGUGCAACAAAUUAUGCCUGAAUUUGCUCUUCUGGAUCUCAGUUCUUCUUACAAAGAUUUUUUGUCUGGAAAAUACGAAGUUACUUAUAAAAUUCCCAUGGUGUCUUCUGUACAAGAGACAAAAUCAGAAUGUGACGGAGUUGAAAGAGUUGCUUCUAAAGAAGGCCAGGGCAGACUGGAAAUACCUUGGCUUCAUGUACUACGCUACCAUACAUACUUAACCAGGUUUUUGAACCUGAGUCCGCUGGCUGCUGUCCCAAAAGCAGGAAAAGGCUUAUUUGUUAAAGAAGAUGUGCUGUAUACCUCAGUGUUUGACACAACAAUUGCCCUGCGCUUGGCAAAACUUCAUUCUUUUUUAAAAAGCCAUUUGCCUAUUUAUUCUGGCUGCUGUCUUCAAGAACCUCCAAAACAGCUGUAUGACUUGGAGAAGCCUUUCUUUAGCCUGACUGCAAUUGGAAAGGGAACUCUAGGAUCAUAUGGAAGUUCUCAAAAAACACCAUCUAUGAAAAAUACUUUUACUUCUGAGAUAGACAUGCAUUCAGAGAACAAAGCAACCUGUACUCCUAUGAAGGAACUUUGCGUGCAGUGGUACCUUCCCUCUUUGGAAAAAUCAGCAAAUGAAGAAGAGACUUUGGUUUUGUUCAUUUUUGCUUAUAAUACAAAAGCUGUCAGAAUUAUCAACAUCAAUUCUUUCAAUUCAGCCAACAUAUACUGUGGUUAUUUGUGGAUCCCACUGAACAGAGUUAUUGCUGUACGUGAAAAAUUGGCUGAUUUGAAACAACAAGUUGAAAUGUUAAUACAGUCACAGAUGACUGAACAUACUGAACAGAUUGAAAUACAGAAAAGUUUACCUUCCAAAGGACUUGGAACUCAUACAGGAAAGGUGCUAUUGGAUGAAAACACAAAGGAAAUGGUUAAAGUGUGCUUUUCUGAAAUAAAAGCCUUGUUGUCUAUCAGCACAGAUCACUCUGCACCGCUUACAGAGAUCCCAUUUGAGAUCACUCUACCAUCAAUAAAAAAUUUAAGCAAAUUGUUUGAUCCCGCAAAUGGAUGUGUAAUAAUGGCAGGAAAUGUUUUCAGCUGGAUACUAUCUCUGCUUACUUGAAUGGUUUUUCAGCAGUAAAACUUGACAUGUUUCAUUUAAUGAUCGAUUUGACAGCUUUUUGGAUCAAUAUUCCAUCACUGAAACAACUGGAACUCUGUUACUUGAAGCCUAGAACUGAUUCAUAAAAAUCUUUAGGUUUAUAAAAUAUUUUAAGCAGUAAUAAUUUAAAUAAUUAACAUAGUCAGUUGAUUUUUGCAAUUUUUGUUGCUCUUGGUUUAGAAAUAUUAUUUUUAGUGCUUCGUUUUAUACAUCUUGGUUUAAUAUGGUUUCAGUUUCAUUGUUUUCUUAAAAAAUAAUGAAAAUAAAACCAGUUAACACAGUUCUUUUGAAUGCAUUCUUAAAUGAAAACCAUUCCAUUUAACUAUAUGAGAUAUUUUUCUAUUUGCCUUAAUUGUUUAAAAGUAAUUAUUUGGCACCAGAUAUGAUAUUCUUCCAUCAAUGUCUAGUAGCAAUCAGUGUGUUGCAGCUUUUCAUUGAAUGUUUUAUUUGUAUUUCUAGUUACAUGUGUAUAUUGUUAGAAAUAGGAUGUCAAAAUACUGUAGAAGUGACACUUGCUUAAUCUUGUCUGUUACUUUUGGUAAUAUUUAUUUUUCAAAGUUAGAAAUACAAAUAUUAUUUCCAUUCUUCUCUUUUAGUUGCUAUAAACAGCGAGAUCGUUGCCUGUAUAUUUGUAUCUGCAGACUACAAGAAGAAAGGAAUAAAACCACAUUCCUAUUAAUGCACUUGGCAUAGGUGUAAAAUAACAAAUAAUUAAAAACUGAUAACACCACAUUAACAUCUAUAUAUCAACUUAGUUUUCAAAGAUUCAGUAAGAAGCAGGAGAAGUAUUUUGCACUAUUCUCCUGAGUAAAAAAGAUGUAUAAAAAUCCCUUAUUCAAACUACUCAGUUAAAAAUGCAUAACAUUUCCUCAUUUUCUCUUAUUGUUUUUUAUAUCAAGCAAAAAGCUGCAUUUUUGUGAAAUGUACUAUAUUUUUACCAAUACUGUGGAUGUAAGGAUGUAUGAAAACACCAUGUAAUAAAUUCAAAUUAUUAAAUUCUGCAAGAUGCUAGACUAGAGUGAGGCCUGCUUCCCCAUUUUGCCUUCAAUAAACAUUUAUUUAGGUUGC